AUGUCUGACAAACCUGAUGUGACCAAGAUUGAGAAAUCUGUUAAAUCAAAAUUGAAGGGGACAGAAACACAAGAGAAAAAUCCACUACCUUCCAAAGAAACGACUGAACAGGAGAAGCAAGCAGGUGAAUUGUGA